CUUCUCCACCAGGAACUCGCCGUGUAAGCAGAUACAUAGAUAGGCAGUAUGCAAGCCAACACUCCUAUAUCGCCCGACCCAUACCUUGGACCUUACCUGAUAGGUACAGUGGUAACUGCUAUCUUCUUUGGUAUGCUCUGCCUGCAAUGUUGCCUCUUCUUCAGACGGACAGCCGAGUUGCAGGAAGGCUGGAUAAAACGAGCUCUGAUAGCAUCAAUAUGGUUCUUGAACGCUUUCAACCUAUUCUCUUUGAUCUGGCUAUGCUACGCUGCCAUGGUGACAAAUUUCGGCGAUCUUCGACAACUUUUAUAUGACGCAGUAAACUGGAAGAUAACAGUUACCCUCAUUUGCACUGCAUGGAGCAAUGGCAUUGUACAAGGCUGGCUUGUCUGGCGUAUCUGGAUAUGCUCCGGAAAAAAUCGUUCCAUCAUCACUCUUCUAGGUUUCGGUGUCGUUACCACUUGCUGUCUUAUAACCGCCUUAGCUGGGAAGAGGUGAGCUCAAUGCUAAGAAUCAUCUGCAGUCUGAAUUAUGCGCGUGUCGCAU